AUGGUGGUUAUCAAGGACAUCGUUGCACGCGAGAUUUUGGAUUCUCGCGGCAAUCCCACAAUUGAAGUUGAUGUAUCAACUGAAGGAGGUGUCUUCCGAGCUGCGGUUCCUAGUGGAGCGUCUACGGGUAUUUAUGAGGCUCUGGAGUUGCGCGAUAAAGAUCCGAAACGGUACUUGGGGAAAGGCGUGCUGAACGCUGUAGAGAUUGUCCGACAGGAAAUCAAGCCAGCAUUGCUGGGCAAAGAUCCGUGUGAUCAGAAAGGUAUUGAUAUGCUUAUGGUGGAGCAGCUGGACGGAACAAAAAACGAGUGGGGCUAUUCCAAGUCAAAGCUAGGUGCAAAUGCCAUUUUGGGCGUGUCGAUAGCUUGCUGCCGAGCAGGAGCAGCAUCAAAAGGCCUACCACUAUACAAAUACAUCGCUACACUUGCAGGGAAAACGAUCGAUAAGAUGGUUAUGCCUGUACCGUUUUUCAAUGUUAUCAAUGGAGGCGAACAUGCAGGCAAUGGCUUGGCUCUUCAAGAAUUCCUGAUCGCUCCCGUUGGUGCUCCGAACAUCCGAGAGGCAAUUCGUUAUGGAUCAGAAACGUACCACCACCUGAAAAAUGUUAUAAAGAACAAGUAUGGCUUGGACGCGACGAAUGUUGGCGAUGAGGGCGGCUUUGCACCGAACGUAGCCACUGCUGAAGAGGCUCUGAAUCUCCUUGUUGAAGCCAUCAAAGCUGCGGGGUACGAGGGUAAGAUCAAGAUCGCAUUUGACGCAGCUGCUUCAGAGUUCUACAAACAAGAUGAAAAAAAGUAUGACCUGGAUUACAAAUGUAAGACCAAGAAUGCAUCCAAACACCUGACUGGUGAGAAGCUGAAGGAGGUUUACGAGGGGUGGCUGAAAAAGUAUCCCAUCAUAUCGGUUGAAGACCCUUUCGACCAAGAUGACUUCGCAAGUUUCUCAGCUUUUACUAAGGAUGUGGGUGAGAAAACACAGGUUAUAGGGGACGAUAUUCUGGUAACUAACAUUCUUCGAAUUGAGAAGGCACUCAAAGACAAAGCGUGCAAUUGCCUGUUACUGAAGGUAAACCAGAUCGGCUCUGUAACAGAGGCAAUCGAAGCGUGCCUCCUUGCUCAAAAAAGUGGCUGGGGGGUUCAGGUUUCCCAUAGAUCCGGUGAAACAGAGGAUUCAUUUAUUGCCGAUCUUGUCGUGGGCCUUCGCUGUGGCCAGAUCAAGAGUGGGUCUCCUUGCAGGUCCGAGCGACUAUGUAAAUACAACCAGCUUAUGCGGAUUGAGGAGUCCCUAGGAGCGGACUGCGUAUACGCGGGAGAGAGCUUUCGACACCCAAAAUGAAGAAAUGACUCGCGAACGCCGAAAUGGACUUUUCAGCAGAGUGUCAAAGCCGAACCGUACCAUCUCAAGACGGACUACGGGUAUUGAUGAACGCGGAUGUCUCUAGAAAAGCGAGAACCUGGAUUAGUUCGGAUGCCAGUUACAUGUGACGGCAAGACAGAUGUGGGCGGCAUCGUUUCAGGAGUGCUUUUCCACAGUGUUUGUGUGGCAAACAGCAAUGUGGUAGGUGGGUGUGCGUGAAUAUUUCCACAAACUCAAUGCAUAUCCCACAAAACACUCCCAGGUCGCCAAUGUCCACACUCCUGCCAU